AUGAAUAGAAACUAUCCAAUCCUAUUAAAUCCAAUAUAUAAAGAUCCAACAGCUGAAGAUAUUUUUAAUGAAUUAAAUAUUCGUUAUCGUGUUUGUUUUAAAUUUGUUAAAAAAAAUGAUGAAGAAGAACAUAUUUGUGUAUGUAAUCGACCGGAAAAAGCUCACAACAACAAUGAUACAGAAUUGCAAGAUACGAAAUGGGAUAUGUUUCGUAAUACUUAUGAAGAAUUAAAUCCUGUUCAUGGUAGACUUCCAAAUGGUGCAUUGUUUACACAACUUGCUUUGGAUACAUCUGAAGGCAAAAUCGAAAGAAUUCUUCUUGAUGUUUGGAAAAUUCCCAAACCUCGAUUAAUUAUGUCAAUUAUUGGAGGUGCAAAAUAUUUUAUAUUGAGUGAUCGACUUGAAAAAAAUUUUAUUAAUGGUAUUAUUGAUGUUGCUCUUAAAUCAGAUGCAUGGUUAAUAACAAAUGGAUAUAAUGUUGGUAUUGUUCAAGUUGUUGGACAAGCAAUUAAUAAAGUUAAAUUAACAAAACCAAAACAAUGUAUAACAGCUAUUGGAAUUUGUAAAUGGGGAAGUGUAAAAAAUGUUGAAAAACUUACACAAGCUCAAUAUAUGAAAAAACAGAAAAUAAUGGAUAAUUUUAAUAUUAUUGAUAAUGAUGAAAAAUUAAAAAAACGUGAAAGUGGUCAACGUGAUCUUGAAAUGAAUCAUAGUCAUUAUCUUAUGCUAGAUGAUGGAAGACUUCGAUAUUAUGAUACAGGAGAUUAUCGAACACGAUUAUGUGUUCAUAUGGCUAAAUUACAACAUGAAACUGAUUUUCCUGUUCCUGUUGUUACUAUUGUGGUAGAAGGUGGUCACGAUACCAUAACAAAUAUAUACUAUGAUUUGCGAGCUAAUAUUCCUGUUAUUAUUAUUGAUGGUAGCGGCCGUGUUGCUGAUUUUUUCAAACAUUGGUUAUUAUACACCAAAGAAUUUGAUAAUCUUGGUAAAGACUUUGAUGUUACAUAUGAACUUGGUGAAAUAGAUAAAGUAACACCGGUUGAAACUGUGACAAAAUCAUCGUCAAAUCGAAAUAGUGUCGAUAAUUCAAGAUUAAAUUGUACAUAUGUUCAAUUACAGCUUGAUAAAUCUCGAAAAGCACUUCAAGAAAUGUUUAGUAAAUAUGUUGAACAACUUGAAACAGAUCUUAAUGCAAUAAUAACACAUGAUGAAGAUUCGAAUAAGAAAAAAAGAAAAAUACAAUCAUCAGAUAAUAAAAAAGAUCGACGAUCAAAUAAAUUAGAUAUAACACUCAGUCAAGUUAUGUAUUGUCUUCAACCAGCGGUUCGUUCUAAUAUAUCCGUAUUUAAUUUAAAUUCUGAUAAUGAUUUAUCGGAAACUAUUUUUCGAAGUAUUUGUAAAUCACGUCAAAAAUAUUUUAAACGAAAAGAAAAUGAUCAAAAUGAUGCAAUUGAUAUGUAUCAACGAAAAUUUAAACCACCACCAAAUUCACAAGAUAAAAAACGUCAAUCAAGUGCACGUCAAAAUGUUAAUAAAAAAGAUCAAAAUGCACAACGAUCACAAUUAUUACUAUUAGCUAUGGAUUGGAAUUGUAUUGAUGUUGCAAAAGAAUUAAUUUUACAAAAUUCAUUAGAUAAUAUUUUAGUACGAAUGAUUUGUAUUUUUGUUUAUUUUCAUAGAAUUAUAUCGAACAUUGUUAGAAUUCUUAUCCAUUAGAAAUAGAAAAGUUUUGUUUUGAAAAAUAGACAAAAUCAAAAUCUCAGUUAUAUGUUUAAGAUUCACAUUAAUUUUAAACUAAUUCAUCAUAUAGAAUUAUCUAGGAAAAAAAAAUUCAGUUUGAUCGAACAAAUUUAAAAGAAACAUUAGAAGUGGAAUUAUAUGCGUUUUUCGUGAUGCCGUACUAGGAGUUGUACUCAUUGAGAUCAAUUUCUAUUUAUUCGAAAUUGUCUAAGAAGAUCAUGACUUCUAGAUAUAUACAGCACUGGACAAAAAUAUAAGAACACUUUAUUUUUGAUUUUUUUCUACGAUGCUAAAUAGCUAGCUCAAAUCCAAAUAGUGAUUCUGAAAGCCGAUGAAGUUUCCUAUUUAUUGAACU